UUUUAGACGGAAGUCGAUCUUUGAACACAGGAACACAGUUACCACCCUUCAAGAGCAAGUAAUAACGUGACGUACUUCCUUUUCAGAAAGUAACUUGCAAAAUGGGUAUCGAUAUCUGUCACAAAUAUGACAGAAAGGUCCGUAGGACUGAACCCAAAAGCCAGGAUAUUUAUCUACGUUUGCUGGUGAAGCUUUACAGGUUUCUUGCAAGACGUACUAACUCUAAUUUCAACAAAGUGAUUUUGAAGAGGCUGUUUAUGAGCAGAACAAAUAGACCUCCCUUGUCUAUUUCUAAAUUGGCCCGCUUGAUGAAGAAGGAAGGACGUGCUGACAAAAUCGCUGUGGUUGUUGGUGCUAUCACAGAUGAUAUCCGCAUUCACAGUUUGCCCAAGCUUAAGGUAUGUGCUCUUCGCAUCACUGAGCGUGCUCGUGGACGUAUCCUCAAGGCUGGAGGGGAAAUCUUGACCUUUGACCAGUUGGCUCUUCGCUCCCCUAAAGGCCAAAACACUGUCCUCGUUCAAGGUCCCCGCAAGGCUCGUAAGGCAUACAGACAUUUUGGCUUGGCUCCUGGUGUUCCACACAGUCACACUGCUCCCAUUGUUCGUUCCAAGGGUCGCAAGUUUGAGCGUGCUAGAGGUCGCAGAAAGAGCAGAGGUUACAAGGCAUAAGCUCAUCCUAGUAUUGGCUUUUACCUGGAGUACACUAUAAGUUGUUUGAUUAAACAAGUGAACUGUCA